AUGCCUUCGAUCGCUAGAAGGGUAACCAAACCUUUUAAAUUCUUCCACCAUGUGAUAGACCAUCCGGAGUAUCUGAAUUCGGUCAAGGAGGCAUGGAACUGUGAGUCUAUUGUGGGAUCUAUGCAAUUUAAGCUUGCCAGGUCUAUGAAACUGAUGAAAAAGGUUCUCCGCAAACUUAACUCUGCACGCUAUAGUGGAAUUACACAGAGAGUUAAAGAUCAGGCAGCUAAAGUCACCACUCUUCAGUGCCAGCUAUUAACAGCUCCUGACCCAGCUACAGCUAGACUUGAGCAUGAAGAGAGAACUAAAUGGAAUACUCUUGCCAAAGCUGAGGAGAAAUUUUACCGCCAGAGAUCCAGGGUUUGGUGGCAUUAUCUUAAGGACAUGGAUACCGCAUUUUACCACAGAACUGUGGUUCAGAGAACAACCCAGAACCACAUACACUAUCUCAGAGAUGCCGAUGACCACCUCAUUGCAACAACUGCAGAGAUAAAAAAUCACGCUACAGAGUAUUUUCAAGGUAUUCUCGGAUCAACCAAUAUGGCAGAAUCUCCUUGUACUAUGGACGAUAUAUGUUCCUUGCUUCCAUUCAGAUGCAGCGAAGAACAGAGACUGGAAAUUCAGAAAGAAGUAACACCUGAGGAGGUAACUAAGAUAGUGUUUGCUAUGCCGCUGAAUGUAGUUGCUGCAGUAUGUGAAUUUUUCAGGAAUGGCAGGCUGUUGAAGGACUUGAAUAACACUGCAAUUGCGCUAAUACCAAAGGAUCCUCAAGCGUGUAAACUCAGUGACUACAGACCAAUCAGUUGUUGUAAUAUAGUGUACAAGAUCAUAACCAAGAUUCUUGCAAAAAGGAUGAAGCCUAUUCUCAUGGAAUGCAUCAGCUCCAAUCAGUCUGCUUUCCUUAAAGGCCGCAGCUUGGGAGAAAAUGUUCUUCUUGCUUCAGAACUGAUUUGGAACUAUAAUAAAUCAUCAUGCCUGAAAAGCUUGAUGCUAAAAGUUGACAUCCGGAAAGCAUUAGACACAGUUUCUUGGGAUUUUAUUCUGAAGAUUUUGGAGGCACAGCAAUUUCCACCCUUGUUCAGGACUUGGAUCAGAGAAUGCAUAACUUCUCCACGUUUUUCCAACGCCAUAAAUGGGGAACUUGCUGGAUUCUUCAGUGGCAAGAAAGGUCUGCGUCAAGGAGACAGUAUCUCUCCGUAUCUCAUUAUCAUGGCUAUGGAAGCUCUGACACAGUUACUGAACAGAGCUGUUGACGAUGGAAGAAUUAAACUUCAUCCAAAAUGUGAGACUCCAAGAGUAACACACCUUUUGUUUGCGGACGACCUUCUAAUAUUCUCAGAUGGAUCAAGAACUUCUCUCGCAGGCUACUUGGAUUCUAAGGCUGCAGCACUGAGUAAUAUGUCUGACUUCAAGAUACGGACGUUCCCAACCAGAUACUUGGGACUUCCUCUAAACCAUGCGAGAAUCUCGAUGGCAACAUUGCAACCGUUUCUUGAUAAGAUUACUGGCAAGCUCCAAUCUUGGACUGUAAAGUACUUAUCCUAUACAGGAAAGACAUUUUAUGCUAAAAUAGACUCGCUGUGUGCUGCCUUCCUAUGGAGAAAUCAUACUGGCUCAGCUUCAGGAGCUCGGGUGGCGUGGAAAGAUGUAUGUAAGUCUAAGGCCGAAGGCGGCCUUGGUCUGAGACCACUAGAGGAGUUUGGAACGGUGUUCACCCUUAAAAGGGUUUGGAUCUUUUUCUCUUCAUCAGGUUCUCUCUGGGUUGAUUGGCUGAAAAACCAUGUGUUCCACAGAGAAGGGUUUUGGUCAUUAUCUGGUUCUCCUAGACUGUCUCCCACAGUUCGUAGUAUGUUACAGCUGCUCCCUGUGGUCUCUGAGUUCAUGAGAUGUGAAGUGGGGAAUGGUGGAACAGCCUCUUUCUGGUUUGACCACUGGAUACGCUUAGGACCUCUGAUUCAAUUUACAGGACAAAACGCCCCUAGAAGCCUUCGUAUCAUGAAGAAUGCUAAGGUUAUUGAAACCACAAGGAAUGGGGAAUGGUUAAUGCCAGCUGCUCGAUCUCAAGAGCUACAGAGUAUCCAAAUAGAGCUUACUACAAUCUCUGCGCCUAUAGUGGGGAACGAACCGGACAAAUUUCUUUGGCUCAAGUCUGAUGGUACCUAUGGUAAUCUCUUUUCCUCCAAGGUCACUUGGUUGCAUCUGCGAGAUCCUUCUCCUACGGUCUAUUGGGCUAGGGCAAUUUGGUUUAAAGAAAACAUUCCUAGACACACAUUCACUACCUGGCUGGCUUUGCUGCAGCGUCUUCCUACUAGGGAUCGCCUGCGUCGUUGGGGAUUAUCAGUUCCAGAGGCGUGCAUUCUUUGUUCUUCAGGACUCGAAACACACCACCACCUCUUUUUCGAAUGUGAGUACUCGUCAGCGCUGUGGCAACCGUGUGCAUCUGCAGUGUGGCCUCUCCCUCCAACAUACAUCCACUCUGCUGCUUCUUGGAUACUAAGACCUCAGCAAGCAAGUAACUCAAGCUCUGCAGUUAUCGUCAAGCUUGUGUUCCAAUCUGCAGUCUUCCUGAUCUGGAAAGAAAGGAAUGCUCGCAUCUUCACAGCUACCUCUACUCCUCCCCAAGUGCUACAGAAAGCCCUUGACCGUCUUAUCCGUGACCGGUUGCUCUCUUUUCCGGCCUCGACUCCUUCAUCUCCUUCGAUGCUUGAACUCUACUUCUCCUUCUGUCCUCCUUGA